AUGCCGCCAAGACGUAGUGUAAGGAAUGCGAACCAGGCGCCUACACCUCAGGCGACGGAAGUCGAGAGUGUGGCACAACCAACCCCAGAACCUCCACCACCACCACCUCCACCUCAAGUAGACCGAGAAAUUGUGAAGUUGUUUUUGAAACAGAAACCACCUGUCUUCGAUGGAAUGGGAGAGCCGGAAAAGGCUGAGAGUUGGAUACGCACUUUGGAGCGCAUUUUUACAAUUCUGAUGUGCAACGAUGCCGAGCGAAUGGCUUGUGUGACCUAUCAGUUGACUGGGUCAGCUGACUUCUGGUGGGAUACCAAGAUGAAGACCGCGCCACGAGAUCAAGUGAAUGGAAUGACCUGGGAGAAUUUCAAGGAGGCGAUAUAUAACAAGUACGUGCCAAAGAGCUAUCGAAAGGCGAAGGCGGCUGAGUUUUACAACUUAACUCAGGGGCGCAUGUCAGUGACUGAAUAUGAUCGCGCACUCUGUGAUAUGACCCAGUAUGCACCCGAACAAGUUGACACGGAUGAGAAACUGGCAGAAAAAUUCCGUGAGGGUUUAAGGCAUGAGAUAAAGAUGGCUUUGGCUAGUCGUGGAAGACUUACAUAUGCGGAGGCGUUGGCCCUCGCGCUAGAUGUUGAGGCAGCUAUGCCUAAGGAGAGGGUGACGGAGAACACUACGCUGGCUUUAACUCCAUCACAUCAUUCCCGGGAGAAGAGGAAGUGGGAUGGGAACAGGACCCACUAUGACAACAAGAG